CUUGUAUUAGUUCACGGGGCGGAGCUGCCACAUCCAAGAUGGCGGCGACGUCGACGUAUCGCAGAAGCAGGCGUCUAUGUGCAUGUCUGUGCUUUCUCCCGUCCACAGAGCGGAGUGAGGAGGAGGAGGAGGAGCCACCGCAGCCAUUUUGUGACUACAGGACUGAAGGUAGAGUGAAGAAGACGAAGAAGAAGAAGAAGAAGAUGAAGAAGAUGAGUGCUACCACGAAGGAAGUGAAACCACACAGCUGUGAGCACUGUGGCAAGUCCUACACAAGACUGGCCUACUUAAAGGUCCAUCAGAGGAUCCACACGGGAGAGAAACCAUACAUCUGUGAUCAGUGUGAGAAAGCCUUCAACUCAUCAGGUGAACUGAAGAUGCACCGGCUCACUCACACUGGAGAGAAACCCUACCGCUGUGAGCUGUGUGGGAAAAGUUUCACUCAGUCAACUCACCUGCGCAGCCAUCAACGAGUCCACAGUGGAGAGAAACCAUACUGGUGCGACCAUUGCUGGAGAUUCUUCGCUUCAUCAGGUGAACUGAAGGUUCACCAACGCAGACACACUGGAGAGAAACCAUACAAUUGCGACCUUUGCGAGAAGGCUUUCACCACAUCCGGUCAGUUAAAGAUCCACAGAAGAGUUCACACUGGAGAGAAACCAUACAGCUGUGACUACUGUGACAAAGCCUUCACUCAGGUGUCUGCACUAAGUAGCCACCAACGAGUUCACACUGGAGAGAAACCAUACUGGUGUGAUCAAUGUGGGAAAGCUUUCGCUAAUGGAAACAAUCUAACGCUUCACCUCCGUGGUCACACAAAGGAGAAACCGUUCAGUUGUGACCAGUGCGAGAAAGCCUUCACGUCAUCGAGUGAUUUAAAAAAACACCAACGUUUCCACACUGGAGAGAAACCGUUCAGUUGUGACCUGUGUGGGAAAGCUUUCAGUGCAUCUGGUGAACUAAAAGUCCACCAACGUGUCCACACUGGAGAGAAACCGUAUAGCUGUGACCAGUGUGGGAAAACCUUCUCUUACAGUAGUUCUGUCAAAGUCCACCAGCGACUCCACGCUCGGAGACGCCCGGAGCAGAAACCUCAGCAGUGUGAGCUCUGUGACAAAGUUCUGGCAACAUCUGGAUCUCUGAAGGUCCAUCAGCGGCUCCACAGCGGCGAGAGACCGUACAGCUGCGACCAGUGUGACAAAGCCUUCACCUCAUCCGGAGAACUCAGGAACCACAAACGGGUCCACACCGGAGAGAAACCCUACCGCUGCGAGCUGUGUGGGAAGAGCUUCACGUCCUCCACUCGUCUGUGCAGCCAUCGCCGCGUCCACACCGGAGAGAGGCCGUACUGGUGCGAGCAGUGUGACCGGACCUUCACGUCGUCCAAUCAGCUCAAGAUCCACCGGCGAGCCCACACCGGAGAGAAACCGUACGUCUGUGAGUUCUGUGCGAAAGCCUUCACGACAUCCGGGAUCCUGAAAGUCCACCGCCGUGUCCACACCGGAGAGAAACCGUACAGCUGUGAGCACUGUGGGAAAGGUUUCUCUCAGUUGUCUCUGCGGAUCAGCCACCAGCGCGUCCACACCGGAGAGAAACCCUACUGGUGUGACCAGUGUGGGAAGUCUUUCUCUAAGGGAGACAACCUGACUGUUCACCAGCGUCUCCAUUCUGGACAGAGACCGUUCAGCUGCGACCAGUGUCCCAAAACCUUUGUGUCGUCCGGCGACCUCAAGAAGCACCGCCGCAUUCACACGGGAGAGAAACCUCACAGCUGUGACUUCUGUGAGAAAGCCUUCCACACAACGAGUGAACUGAAAGUCCACCGACGUGUUCACACGGGAGAGAGACCAUACAACUGUGACCAGUGUGGGAGAGACUUUGCUCAGCUUUACUCCCUCAAAGUCCACAAACGCACUCACGUUAAAGAUUUAUGAACUGUUUUCCAGAGCUACGCUCGCUGUUUUACUCUGCUGUCUUCCACUCAGCGUCGGUACGAGAGGUGUGACGAUGCGCUCAGCUAACGAGACGAUGUUGGUAUCACGAGAACGCGAUAUUUCAGCACUACUUUAGGAAAACUCCUCUGAUGUUAUAUGACUUUAGAAACAGACUUAUUCAAUCAGAAGUCACACAGUGCAGAACAACACAGGUCCAUGUUGAAAUGUUUUAAUUAGUGAUCAUGAAGAACAAACAUUAGCACUGUGAAACAGUCUCAGCUUGGCUGGCUUCUCUCCUGUAACACUAAAACCCCUUGUAGAAAGACAAGGAGGCACAUUUAGCUAGCUUGCUGCUGCAACAACAAGCGGACAGCGAAGACAGUUACAGAGACCGAGGAGACGCUGCAGCUCCUGGAUCUCGUCUGGCCGCCUUCAGAUGAAGUGAUGGACUGACUGCUGUGAUCAGAUGUUUCCUGGUUUUAAAAUUCCCCGGUUGUGGGUCGCACAACAGUGCAGGUCAUCAACACCUCCCCCCUCUCACACAGGGGCCGGAGCAUCGAUGGCCUGGAUUUAGACAGCAGGCGAGGCAGAAACAAGUGGACCCAAAAUAGACCCCCAAUUUGCCGGCCUCUGUCUAAAACCAGAUCUAGCUGCUAAAGGGAUGGGCAAAUGGCGGUUUGCUGCCCAGAAUAAAGUCAGCUUCAGUUUUUCUUUUUCAGUUCAAACCAUCAUCACAGUUUAAUCCUGUCACAGUACAAACACGGACCGACCGACUCGACACCGAGCUGACAGCUGCUCAGGUUGUUUCCUGCUCGCUGCUGUUACAAACUGAUAUCACAGAAAGUUUCACCUCAUCACGAGAGUUCGUCACAGCUCCUUUAACAUGUUGUAUGAUGGCUAACUGGAAUAUUUCAUUCUUUAAGGUGCAGUUUGUCAGAAUCACAGGUAAAAUAUUUAAGAAUAAAAACUUGUAAUGAAAAUGUAAA